UGCUCAGCCACCGCACAGCGGCAGCCCGCACAGCCAGCCAUGGCGUCGGAAUUCGAACCCCUCCUCCCCCACGCCGGUCACCGACACCGCCCCGCCACCGGCGGCUGGAAGUCCGCUCUCUUCAUAAUCUGGGUGGAGGUAGCGGAACGGUUCGCGUACUACGGCAUCUCGUCCAACCUCAUCAACUACCUCACCGGCCCGCUCGGGCAGAGCACGGCCGCCGCCGCCGCGGCCGUCAACGCGUGGUCCGGCGCCGCGUCGAUGCUGCCGCUGCUCGGCGCCGCCGUCGCCGAUUCCUGGCUGGGCCGUUACCGCACCAUCGUCACCUCCUCCGUGCUCUACAUCAUGGGUCUCGGGAUGCUGGCGCUGUCUUCCAUGUUCUCAUCACCUGAGGAGCAACAAUGCAACGUCUCCGCUGAUGGCCGGCGAGCAUGUGCGCCUUCCUCCCUCCAGACGGCAUUCUUCUACCUCUCGCUGUACCUGGUAGCCAUUGCGCAAAGCGGCCACAAGCCCUGUGUGCAGGCCUUCGGCGCCGACCAGUUCGACGCCACGGAUCCCAGAGAAUCUUUGUCGCGGAACUCCUUUUUCAACUGGUGGUACUUCGGUAUCUGUGCGAGCGCGACGGUGACGACGGCGCUCAUGAGCUACGUCCAGGACAACGUCAGCUGGGGUGUCGGCUUUGGCGUGCCGUGUGUUUCCAUGAUGCUAGCGCUCCUCGUCUUCCUGCUCGGCACAAGGACAUACCGGUUCUAUGACUCCAGCGACGGUGAGGGCGCCAACCUGUUCUCCCAUGCCAUCGAGGUCAUACGGGCUUGGAGGAAGAGGCCGCCAACAGGAGAUGCCUUGGUGGAGCACGGUGACUGUCCGGAAAACACUGCCAUCGCGGCGGAGGUGAGGAGCAUCGCAAGGCUGUUCCCGAUAUGGGCCGCGUGCCUGGUGUACGGCGUGGUGUUCGCGCAACCGCCGACGCUGUUCACGAAGCAGGGGGCAACGCUAGACAGAAGGGUUGGCUCGUCGUCCUUUCAGGUGCCCCCCGCGGCGCUGCAGUGCUUCAUGACCACCAGCAUGAUCACCUGUGUCGUGUUGUAUGACCGCAUCCUGGUGCCGGUGGCGCGCAAGGUGUCCGGCAUCGCCUCGGGCAUCACCAUGCUCCAGCGAAUCGGCGCCGGCAUGGGCCUGGCCGCGGUUGCUUUCGUGGUUGCGGCUUUGGUCGAGAUGAGGCGCCUCGGCGUAGCGAGGGAUGCCGGCGUGGUCGACCAGCCCGACGCGGUGGUCCCCAUGAGCCUGUGGUGGAUCGUUCCGCAGUACUUGCUCCUCGGCGCGGCGGACGUGUUCACCAUGGUCGGCAUGCAGGAGUUCUUCUACGACCAGAUGCCUAGCGCGCUCAAGAGCCUCGGGCUCGGGCUCUACCUGAGCGUCAUCGGCGUGGGCAGCUUCAUCAGCAGCUUCCUCAUCUCAGUGAUCGACGGCAUCACCAAGAGUGGCGGAGGGACAAGCUGGUUCGCUGACAACCUCAACAGGGGUCAUCUCGACUACUUCUAUCUGCUUAUUGCUGCCCUCACCGCGCUAGAGCUUCUUGCUUUCAUUUAUUUCUCAUCAGCUUACGUUUACAAGAGAAAGACUGCCAAUGUUCAUUGAUAAAUCGGUCGACCCAUUAUGUACAGAAACUGUGUAUGCUCACAAUUCCACAAUUCCACUACUUUUUACUGUUGUUAUGAGAUUA